AGGCCGCCUUUGCUUCAUCUUUCCCAGCAAGCCCCGCGCGAGCGCCGGCUAUUGAUUGGCCGCGGCGCAAGCAGGCGGCUCUGCCGGCAGCAGUUACCCAGGGCUUCCGGUGCGAAGCCAGAGCGGGCGAAGCCGUCGGGACGUCGGCGGUCGGGAUCUGCUCCUUACCUAACAUUGCAAACCAAAAUGAAGAACCAAGACAAAAAGAAUGGGGCUGCCAAGCAAUCAGGCAACGCUCCCAACCCCAAAAACACCCCGGGGCAACCGGAAGCAGGACCAGAGGGAGCCCAGGGGCGGCCCAGCCAGUCGGCUCCUGCGACAGAAGCUGAAGGUUCCACCAGCCAGGCUCCAGGGAAGGCUGAGGGAGCACAGGCCAAAACCGCUCAGUCUGGGGCCCUCCGUGAUGUCUCUGAGGAGCUGAGCCGCCAGUUGGAAGACAUCCUCAGUACAUACUGUGUGGACAACAAUCAGGGGGGCCCAGGCGAGGAGGGGGCACAGGGUGAGCCUGCUGAACCCGAAGAUGCAGAGAAGUCCCGCACCUAUGCUUCGAGGAAUGGGGAGCCUGAGCCAGAGACGCCGGUAGUCAAUGGUGAGAAGGAGACCUCCAAGGGGGAGCCAGGCACAGAUGAGAUCCGGGCCAGUGACGAGGUCGUAGACCGGGACCACCGAAGGCCGCAGGAGAAGAAGAAAUCCAAGGGUCUGGGAAAGGAGAUCACAUUGCUGAUGCAGACCCUGAACACGCUGAGUACCCCAGAGGAGAAGCUCGCAGCUCUGUGCAAGAAGUAUGCCGAACUGCUGGAGGAGCACCGGAACUCCCAGAAGCAGAUGAAGCUCCUGCAGAAGAAGCAGAGCCAGCUGGUGCAGGAGAAGGACCACCUGCGUGGCGAGCACAGCAAGGCUGUCCUGGCUCGAAGCAAGCUGGAGAGCCUGUGCCGCGAGCUGCAGCGCCACAACCGCUCCCUCAAGGAGGAAGGCGUGCAGCGGGCCCGGGAAGAGGAGGAGAAACGCAAGGAGGUGACCUCGCACUUCCAGGUGACGCUGAAUGACAUUCAGCUGCAGAUGGAACAGCACAAUGAGCGCAAUUCUAAGCUGCGCCAGGAGAACAUGGAGCUGGCUGAACGGCUCAAGAAGCUGAUUGAGCAGUACGAGCUGCGGGAGGAGCAUAUCGACAAAGUCUUCAAACACAAGGACCUGCAGCAGCAGCUGGUGGACGCCAAGCUCCAGCAGGCCCAGGAGAUGCUGAAGGAGGCAGAGGAGAGGCACCAGCGGGAGAAGGAUUUUCUCCUCAAAGAGGCUGUGGAGUCACAGAGGAUGUGCGAGCUGAUGAAGCAGCAGGAGACCCACCUGAAGCAGCAGCUUGCCCUGUACACGGAGAAGUUUGAAGAGUUCCAGAACACUCUUUCCAAAAGCAGUGAGGUGUUCACCACAUUCAAACAGGAGAUGGAAAAGAUGACAAAGAAGAUCAAGAAGCUGGAGAAAGAAACCACCAUGUACCGGUCCCGGUGGGAGAGCAGCAACAAGGCCCUGCUUGAGAUGGCCGAGGAGAAAACACUCCGGGACAAAGAGCUGGAGGGCCUGCAGGUGAAAAUCCAGCGGCUGGAGAAGCUGUGCCGGGCGCUGCAGACGGAGCGCAACGACCUGAACAAGAGGGUGCAGGACCUGAGUGCUGGAGGCCGGGGCCCGCUCCCUGAUGGUGGCCCUGAGCGAAGGCCAGAGGCUGCCGAUGCCUCCAAGGAACAGGGUGGCGAGGGUCCCAGGGUCCAAGCACCCAGCUCCCCAAGGGCCACAGAAGCAUCUUGCUGCCCUGGAGCACCAAACAUGGAAGCGUCAGGCCAAAUGGGGCCACCGGAGCCCACCUCCACCACCGCCUAGGGAGCCCAUGCUGGGAAGGGGCGAGCAGCCCGGGCCGGCCUAGCCCGUGCGAGGCUCCCAUCGCUGAGGCCCAGGGUGCUCUGACCUGGCUGGCAUCUGACUCUGCGGUUUCAGAUUUUAUGGGUCAGUUUUACUUACAUAUGGCAUAUGCUCAAGGCCUCAUACAUUUAUAUCUGAACGUGUAAAAUGGGCUUGCAUCAGAGGUGGGGGUGUGUCCAGAUGAAGUCAGCGGCUCUUCUGUGAGCUGAGGAGCCUUUACACGGAGCUGUAGUCACAGUGAGCCAGCAGGACGAGUGACUUGAGCAUGAGCAUUUCCCUGCCCUAUUUGAGGCUCAGCCCCUCCCUCCUGUGACAGGUGACACGCCCAGGUCUUGAUUGUGUUUCUCUUGUUAGCGGGACAUGGGCAGCUCUGGCUCUCCCAGUUCUCCUGGAAGCUCCUUGGCUUCUGACCCAGAAAAGGGGUGGCCAGGCAGGGCGUUGACAGGGCACUUAGAGCCACCGGUGAUUGAACUGCUUCCCUGCCUAGGACAAGGGACCUGGAGAAUGUUCUGUGUGGGAUGACGUGCUGGUAGGGAGCCCCUCAGGCACCGCUUCCCCUGCCCUCUGGUAGUGCCAGGACCAGGCCAACGAUGCUUCGCAGUAGCCUUAUCAUUCACAGGUGCCUCUCUAGCCUGCACAAAUGAUUGACAAGAGAUCACCCAAAGGAUUCUGAAGGUUUUGGGGUUUUGUUUUGUUUCCUUUGUUCUUGUUUUGUUUUUGUUUUGCACAUGUGGCAGUGUUUGUAUUGAGGAUCUUCUGAGGAAGAAGGGGUGCUAUAGCAGUGGUGCCUGGGUUCCUGGCCUCCAGUGCCCCCACCACCCCACCUGGCAGCUUUGCCAUGCUGAUACUGACAGCUUGAAGGAAUCAGAUGGUUUAUAGUGAGAGGAAGGAAAGGGCUUCUGAUGGCUUUGCCACAAGCUCACCUGUGGUUUCGAUCCUGGGAGGCCACUGCUGACGCCAUCACUGCUGUCUCCAUGCAGCUGUUGCUGGGCCCCAGAUCCAGCUGCCUCCUUGGCUUUCUGAGUCUGUUUUGCUUCCUCCAUCCCCACCUCCAGUGUGCCAUCUUUGAGCCCUGUCUGCCUUGACAUCCCACUUCCUGUGUGGGGGCCCCCAGCUCUUGUCUGACAGCUGAUAGGUAAGAGUGAGACUCACCAUUGACAGAGCCCCAGAAAUCCACAGAAUGGCUGCAGAUAUUUGUGUAAUUUCUUUUCUCCCCCCAGCCCCAUCUCCGUCCCUCAUACAUGGUACCCUAUACCCUGAAGGUUCUGCUGGUUGCAAACUUGCUGGCACAUUAGUCCGUCUUUGUACAGAACAAUUCUUUGGAACAGCAGAAUAAGUCGGGUCAGGAAGCAGGGCCGUGCUGAGUUUGGGGUACUGUAAGCCCAUCUCUAGUGGGGCCUCAGCUUUGGUGUAGCUGAGAGAACCACAGACUAAGAUGUAUUGGAUGGUUAUGUUUUUUGCUUUUUGUUGUGUUUCCUUCAGGUUAAUUCAUUAUCUUACAGGUCCCUUCAUCUUCCACAAAUAGCCCACUUUUUCAGCCCUUAACUUAAAUCCCUCAGAUAAUUAGGUUCAUGAACAGUAUUAGGUACUUCUGAGUUAUGUUAGGACUUAGACCAGAGAUGGCAAAUGAAUAGCACGCCAUUGCCCCUCUCCCCCCGUGGUAGGUACCCCUACUUUGCUUCAGAGGAUUUCCUGCUAAGUCCCUAGCAUAUCCUCAUUUCUCAAGAUUUGCCCAGCAGCCAGUACACGUGUUGAGACCUAAUUUGCCAUCCCUGGCUGAGAUACUGCUCUGCUGAGGUGCAUGAGAGCUGCCAACCCCAUACAGGGUUUGCUGUGCUAAGAAGUUUCUGCUCGCCCCUUCAAAGAAAGCAGGAAGGCCUGCAAUGGCCCACGUGAUUGCCUGCCUCAGUUCAGCUACCUCUUAAAGCCCAUAGUGUUGGGGAGGGGGAGGCUGUUGGAGCCCAGCGAGGUGUGGGAAAUCACAGCUGAGUAGCACAGCAGUUCUCAGGAACCAAGUCCAGUGAGCAAGGUGGCCCCAGCUGUGCGGGGUGGAACCUUUGCUCUCAGCUGCAGCGAGCAGUCUCUAGGCCUCCAGGCCAGGUGACAUAUGGAGACCCUUUUCUUCCUCUUCCUCUUCCUCUCCAUUGACCAAAUCUUAUCAGUCACUACAGCUGCUCUGCUUGCUCUGCUUUCCAAAGUCAGCCCAGGUGCCAGGGUGCUGCCUACACCAGCCAGAAUCCUGGGCCAGAUAAAGGGAGGUGUCUCUCCAAGAAUGAAGGCCGGUUCCUAACUCACUGGGGCGGGUCUCAUGCACGUGACCUCAGAUUUAGGACCAAGAGCUGUGUUGCAUUCUUAGAUUGCUAGCUUUUCCUCCAGGGGACCACGGCAGGUGAGGCUCUGCUGACAGUAAUUUGUGUUCAGGGUCUUGUCCAGCUGAGAGCUUCAUGCACACCAGAUUCUGAGAGGUGUCAGCAGCACUUUUUAAGAUUUGUUUUCCAUGAGGUUUUUGGACCAUAGGCUGAGCUCAGGCACUUUCUGUAAUAGAAUGUUACGUCUUUAAAGAUGGUUAUUCCCCCUCUUCCACCCCAUCCUGGUGGCCCUGCUGAGGGCUAACCGAAAGGCCAGCAGAGCUGCUCUGGUGUCUCUGGGGGAGGGCUGAAGCCUGCUGAGUUGGUUCUCCAGCUGCUGCUCCAGCCUUCCCACCUAGCACAGCACAGAGGCAGUCACCCCAGGGACAGCCCGGUACCUGCCUGGGGGAGGGGUGCUGCCUUUUGUCCCUGUAACUGCUUUCCUUAUGGCCCAGCCUGGCCACCCAGAUUUGUUUGAAGCUGUGCUGACAGCUUCUUUGUCUCCUUUUGGUAUUCACAACAGCCAGGGACUUGAUUUUGAUGUAUUUUAAAACCACAUUAAAUAAAGAGUCUGUUGCCUUACUUA